AUGCUUAUGGCAAACACAAAGAUGACCACUUUAGUAAACGCCAAGAGCGUCGUUCAGCUUAUUAAGGAACAGGCUCAAAAAUCAGUUCUUUUGGAUGCUACCUGGUACUUACCUACAGAAUCCAACGAUGGAAAACGGGAGUUCUUUCAAAAUCGACUGCCAGGAGCUCGGUUUUUUGGGAUUGAUGAAGCCAAAGAUCAUCGUAUUGCCUUACCUCACAUGCUUCCUCCAACCGAGGAGUUCGCUGCCUACGUAGGAAAUCUUGGAAUCGAUCGAAACACAAAUGUAAUAAUAUAUGAUAGAAAAGGAUUUUUCUCCUCUCCCCGUGUUUAUUGGACCUUUAAAGUCUUUGGUCAUAAAAAUGUAUUUUUAUUCCCAAAUGCAUUUGCAGACUGGAAAGCUAAUGGGCAUGGAUUAGAAACGGAGAAUCCUUCUACUCCUGCUAAAGUCAAUUAUGAAGAUGCAAAAAUAAACAAAAGCUUAGUUGCCUCUUUUGAAGAUAUCUCCCAGGUCCUGAAAGACCCUUCAAAAAGCAAUACUCGCAUCAUUGACGCUCGCCCUCAAGCCAGAUUUACUGGUACUGCUCCUGAAAUCCGACCUGGCAUGGCAAGUGGACAUAUUCCAACAUCUAUCAACAUUCCUUUCACUGAUCUUGUUAAACCCGGAAUCACCGAGCCCAAGCCUACAGAAGAACUUGAAGAAAUUUUUGCAAAGCAUGGCCUCCAUGAUAAAUCUGCUCCCAUUAUCACCUCUUGUGGUUCCGGUGUAACUGCCUCUGUGCUUUUCGUUGCUCUUGAACUAUGUGGAUUUACAAAUGUUCGUGUUUACGAUGAAUCUUGGAGUGGGUAUGGUCAACGUGCCUUGAAAGAUUCUUCUUUAUUAGCUACCGGUCCUUAG